AUGACAACAGGGAAGGAGAUGGGGAAGGACGCCGUGGCGGAGGUGGGUGGCGUGGGAACCGAGGUGUUUGGGAGGCGGAGUGGGUUCUGCGGGCUGUGGACAGGGGGGAAGCAUAGGUUGAAGAAGAGAUGGGAGUUUGGGCUGCUUGUCGGCUGCUAUGGAAAAGGGAAAAGAGAGAGGAACGGCCGAGGGUUUCACACGCGAAAAGGAAUUUCCCUCGCCUUCGAUCCAGCGAGGGAAAUGCAAUCCCCGCGCUUCCGAGCGAUCCUUCGCGCCACCAGCGGUCGCCGGAAACGGCCAACCGCAGACGUCAAGAGCUUCUCUCACGAGCUCAACAUUAAAGAUCACCGCCUCCCCAUUCAAAAACUCCGAGGACUUAGCAGCCCAGAUGAUGUAAUGCGCGUUAUUCGAUCAAAAUUCAGCCGGUUGAAGCAAGAAGUUAACUCUGAAUUGGGCGUUUAUGCUGGGGAUUUGGUUAGCGUGCUCGAGAAGACCACGAAAAAUCAUCCGGAGUGGAGGGAGCAGUUAGAAGAUCUAUUGGUUGUAGCUCAGAAAUGCGCUGAGAUGACUGCGGAUGAGUUUUGGGUGAAAUGUGAAAGCAUUGUUCAGAAUUUGGAUGAUCGGCGUCAGGAACUGCAAAUGGGAACAGUAAAGCAAGCGCAUACAAGGAUUCUUUUUAUUCUCACCAGAUGUACUAGAUUGCUGCAGUUUCAAAAGGAGAGUGGUUAUGUUGAGAAUGAGCAUGUUCUUGGCCGACAUCAGUUUAGUGAUUUAGGGUUUUAUCCGGAGCAGGUUAUCUCGGGGGAUGGUGGAGGCAAAACAUUUAGAAACACUCCAAGUGCAAAGGCGAUUAAGAAUAAACUCAUAAUGAAGAAAUUGCAAGAGCACGGGCUGACCAGUGCUUAUCUGACUCAAGACUUCGCUGGUCGCCCAUUAAGUCAUUCUAAUGAUACGGAUUCACCGGGAAGUAGGGAUAGGUUAUCUUCUUGGAAGAAACUUCCAUCUGCUGCGGAGAAAAAUCAGAAGAAAAGUGAUCCUGUGGACGAGCAUGAUUCUCCGGUGAAAAAGGUUUUAGAUACAUUGCCACACCUUGAUAGAAGGAAAGUUCGUUUAGAUGAACCUAAGGAUAAUCUUGAAGAGGAAGAGAAACAUAUAGAAGCCCAACAUGUUCAUAUUGAUGAUGGAGGUGGUAAGCAAGGUAUAACCGAUGAGACACCGAAAAUGAUAUGUAGGAUUUGUGAGUUUGAGAUACCAACCUUGCAUGCUGAAAGUCAUUUUAAGAUCUGCACAGUUGCUGAUAAAUGUGACGCGAAGGGUUUAACUGUUGAUGAACGGCUAGAGAAAGUUUCUGAAAUAUUGGAAAAUAUUCUUGAACCUACGGUGACAAGAACUUUAGAUGUGGCGGUGAUGAAUCAUGAUGCCACUAAAGCAAAUGUUGCAUGUAAUGGAAGUGAACUAGUUGAUUUAACUCCUAAUACUGCUCAUGCAUCUCCGAGGGAAAGUAUGGAGUCUUCUCCGGAGGCUAUCAGUUCUUGUACUACCAUUGGGCAUCGUGGUCUUCCCUCAACUUUGUGCAAUAAAUCUUUUGUACCUAAACUUGAUCUGGCUUCCUUGGCACCUUCCUCAGGGAGUAUGACACCAAGAUCACCACUGCCAACACCAGGGGUUCGUCAGAUUGAUUUGUUACUUACAGUAAAGAGUGCAUUUUCGGAGCUUGAAAACUUCCAACAGAUUAAGAAUCUAUUGGACAUUGUUCAUUGCAUUGCUGGUAUAAAAACUAGUGAGUACAGCUCAUUGGAAUCCUUGAGUUCGUACCUGGAAGAAUUAAAUGGUGUUAUUAGCAAUAGGAAGGUUGACGCCCUUAUAAUUGAGACCUUUGGAAGACGGAUAGAGAAGCUGCUGCAGGAAAAGUUCAUUCAGCUGUGUGGACAAAUAGAUGAUGGGAAUAAAGAUUCCCCAUGCGUAGAGGUCGAUGAUGAUGGUUCUGCAGAUGAUAGAAGUCAUAGUUCUCAACAUUUGUGCACAAAACUCAAGGACCGUACAUCUAUUGAAGAUUUUGAAAUCAUAAAACCUAUUAGCCGAGGGGCAUUUGGAAGGGUUUUCCUAGCAAAGAAAAGAAUAACAGGCGAUUUUUUUGCAAUAAAGGUUCUUAAAAAGUCUGAUAUGAUUCGUAAGAAUGCAGUUGAAAGUAUCUUAGCUGAGAGGAACAUCCUCAUCUCAGUUCGCAAUCCGUUUGUGGUGAGCAGGUUUCCAAGCUUGCAAAUUUCAGACUGUCAGAAUCUUUACUUGGUCAUGGAGUACCUGAAUGGGGGUGAUCUAUACUCUUUACUGAGAAAUUUAGGUUGCCUGGAUGAAGAAAUGGCACGAACAUACGUUGCUGAAUUAGUUCUUGCACUGGAAUACUUACAUUCGCUGAGUGUCAUUCAUCGAGAUCUGAAGCCAGAUAACUUAUUAAUUGGUCGUGAUGGUCAUAUUAAGCUGACUGAUUUUGGACUGUCUAAGGUUGGUCUUAUCAACAGUACUGAUGAUUUAUCGGGCCCAGAUGUUAGCAGUGUCGUUCUCCAAAGUGAGCAUAAACCAAUUCCUGCAUCUGUUCGAGCAGAGAUAAGAGAGCAGAGGAGAAAGCAGUCAGCUGUUGGCACACCUGAUUAUUUGGCACCUGAGAUCCUUCUCGGAAUGAGCCAUGGUCAGACUGCAGACUGGUGGUCUGUAGGCGUUAUUCUUUUUGAACUUCUAGUUGGCAUUCCCCCAUUCAAUGCGGAACACCCACAGAAAAUUUUUGAUAAUAUUAUGAACCGAGAUAUACCCUGGCCACAUGUUCCGGAGGAGAUAAGCCAUGAUGCUUAUGACUUGGUUGACAAAUUACUGAUCCAAAAUCCACUUCAAAGACUUGGAGCAACUGGAGCAGGAGAGGUGAAGUCACAUCCCUUCUUCAAAAGCAUCAACUGGGAUAUGCUCGCACAAAAGAAGGCUGCAUUCAUUCCUUCAACAGAAUGUGAAGAUGACACAAGUUAUUUUGCUUGCCGUCAUGAGUGGAAUUCAGCAGAUGGUCAAAUUCAUGCAUCACCAAAUGAUGAUUAUGAAUGCUCAACUGAUUCAGGCAGUAGAAGCUGCUCCAGUAGCCCAUACAGUUAUGAUGAUAAUGAGGAUGAUGAUGAAUGUGGCAGUAUGACGGAGUUUGGAGCUCCAAAGAAGUACUCAUUUAGUAACUUCUCAUUUAAGAAUAUAUCUCAGCUGGCUUCCAUAAACUAUGAUCUCAUAACAAAGUCAAGUGAAGAUGAGGCAAAUGCUUGCAAUCCUUAAGAUACCUUUUUUUUUUUGGAGAAAAUGGAAUCUUAAUACCCCUUGUGUUUUCAAAAUAUCGGGAAGUUCUGCCGACAUCUUGUUCAUAUGAUACGUGGAUAUAGGAAGCUGCCAACAUGCAGUGGCGAUGCCAGUUUACCUCUGUUGCCAAUAUGUUGGUUCAAGCUGAGCCCUAUUAGGGUGAAGUUCUUCCUGUUUUGAUUCUUUCAUUCUUUUUCUAGUAGGCUAUUUUAGUUCUUAGAUAUGCAUUGGUUGUAUGUAUAGAUUUAACUUUUUUUUUCCUUGACUGGGUACGUUUCUUUUUGUUAACCAGUUUUGGUGAUUCAGCACAGUAACAUUUAGUGUAAAGAUUUACCAUUUCAUCCAAAUACCAUAUGAAGAGUUUCCCUCAGGGAAUGUUUUAA